CUUCCUUUUGGCAAGGGGAGCUGCUCAUUUGAAUUCUCUCAACCUACCACACUUGCUGUUGCUAUUGCCGUUGCUGUUGUCGUAGCUUGUUCUGCCACUCUUUUCAGAACAACACGACUGUCAUUCAUUUAUUUCCUCAUUCCCUGGAUUUCAUCCACCAAUCCACUCUUUCAACCAAUCUGUCCAACUUAGUCCCUCAUUUCCUCGUGAACAACCAGCAUGACUCGCUUUCUGUCUGUAAUCGUCGCCCUCUGCGCCUACGCGCACUGGGCCCUCGCCGCCCUGACCCCGGACCAAAUCGCCAACUCGCUGAACGAGCUGGCGCAGCAAGGCUUCGCCGCCAAGGAUCUGGUCUUGGAGAUUAAUUCCACCGCGGACGCUUCCCCUAUUCAGGACGUCUACGCCGAAAUGAGCACCAUCGUCAUCGAGGUCCUCCAGAACGUCAACUUCAUGACCAAUACCCCCGUCAUCGCCGACCAGACCGAGCAGCAGCUGGUGUACGAGGGGUACUCCAACUUCGUCCAAUCCCUCCUCGAACUCAUGGACGCCUUCUCGACCAGCGCGACCAAGCUGAAGUCCCUCGAUGAGUCGACCAAGGAUCGCGUGCCGUCGAACGUGCGCACGCUGGAAAGUGCUGUGGAUGCAUACUUCUACAACAUCAUCGGCCUCUUCCCCGCCAACAGCUCCUACAACGCCCAGGCCAACAACCAGAAGGCCCAGGUGGAUACCCACUGCUUCCAGGCGAUCUGGGCGUUCGAUGCCACCGCGGCGAGCCAGACGGCGACGACGACCGCGCAGCAGUCGCGGAGUACUGGGCUGCUCGGCUUGCGUCGCCGGGGAGUGUAUCGCGCUUAGGCG